CAAGUCAUAAUCUAGGUGUGAGACGGCGGAGAGUACCGACUUGACACAAUGUGCUAUUUAUACUGAAGGAGGCGUAUAUAAUAAGGACAGUGCUCAAAGUAAAAUAAAAAGCGAAGCCCGGGAUGCGCAAGCCGUGAAUGGGGACAUAUCGAUCUCUGGGUGACCACGCCUCUAUAGAUCACCUAUCCUCUGAAGAUACAAUUACUCACCCAUAUACCCUGCUUAUUAUUCUCCUUCUCUUCCCGCUGUAUCUGCCCCCAUUGGAGAUACACCAUGUCGAAAUCCCAAGUGCGAGCCUGGUGGAGAAAACAGGUCGCACAGGCCGCUCUCCGACACGCCGCGAUGCCCCCGGCGCCUAUUUGUCCCUGCGAGGCCUGCUUCAACAGGGCGGAGACCGACCACAAGGCUGGCAAGGUCCCCAGAGAGGUAUUCGUUGUCAGAGACGCGAGCAGGGGACCGGCUUCGACGGGUGGCACAGAGCGGGACAUGUCGGGAACCGAGGAGGGGAGGAGACGUUCGCAUAAGCAGUCCAAGUUCGGCGGUGUGGCCCGACGGCCAAGUCAGACGAGCAUGGCGUCGGAUCUUGUUCCCUUAUGCUUGACGAAGACCACAGCGACAACGCCGCGAAAUAGCUCGGAUACUCUGGUCUGGCAUUCAAAUCCCAGCCAUGCUAGCGAGCUUCCUUGAGGUGUUGGGAUGUUGAAGAGAAGGGAGGAAGGGGGGAGGAGAGAAGGCAUCUACCUUACCUAUCUCGUAAGGUGGAGGCAGAUGGGUGCGGAUACUAGAUCGGUGUCUGGUCAGAAUUUGCAGUGUGCCGACUCGGAGCGUUGUGGCGGCAUCACCAGUUGGAAUGGAAGGGUUAGAAUGUGAGCAGGAGGAAGAAGUCAGGGAUAGCGACAGCACCUUACUUAAUCUACCUAAUGACCCUUUGUCUAAUACCAUUAGCAUCGCAACUUCAAGCACCGUUAGGCCUGUACAUGACUGUCAUGACCUAGGUACAGGUAGCUACCCAGGUCCUAACCUUGGGCAGGUACCUACUGUAACAUGCCUACCCUAAGAGAUACCUAGGUACGUAGGUACCUAUCCAGGGUGCCUCACGCCCCAACCGGACCUUCC